AUGGACGACGCCGCGUCCGCUCCCGCGCUCACCGCGAGCGUGGUUCGGGACGUUAUUUUACAUCACAUGGACGCGCGCGCGAUCGGUGCGCUCGCGUCGACGAGCAAGGAGAUGGAAUCGAUCACGCGGGCCGAGCGGCGAUUCGCGCGCUUGCUCGAGACGCGCUUCGGCUCGUUCGGUGACGCCGCGAGCGGUGAUUCGAGGACGACGCGAGGGAUGUACGUCACGGUCGUGUCGGCGAUCGAACGGUUACGCGAUCGGUUGGGGAAGGAGGGGUGCGUGGAGGCGAUGCGCGCGGCGACGCGGGCGGCGCACGCGUGCGAGGAAUUCGCAGACGCGCGCGCGGCGCCGGAUGGGUACGAGUACGUGGACGCGGAGUACGAAGACGUGAAGUGGGCGGAUGCGUAUGAAUUUGAAAACUACGAGGCGUACGGGGCGAGGGGUGAUCCAGGGGUGCGGGAGUUGGCGCAGACGUUGGCGUCAAAGUACUUUAACGCCGAGGAAUACGAGACGGCUGUCAUGGCGUUGAUGACGUUUCGAGAGAUCUUGGUGAAGACUCGAGGGUUCGGGUGUUUCUCAGAUCCACCGAAAGAGGCGGAUUUGGUGCGCUCGGGGAUGCGUUUCGUCUUGCGCGCCGUGCCGAACGAGUACGGGCGAGCGAUGUUGGCGCCGGACGGACUGUUUCAUCGAGUGCUGCCGAAUACCUGGGAAGAGCAUUGUCGCGCGGCGCGCGAAACGUCGAGCCAAUCGCGCGCGCGUUUCACGCUCGAAGAGCACGCCGAGUGGGCGUGCGACGCACACGGUGGCGCCCAUGAAAUUUGUCACGUCUACGCACCCCUGAGCGUCCUUCUUUUCACCGAGCCGAAAGCGAAAUUAUUUCCGCCGUGCGGCGUCAUCGGGUUCGGACCGUAUCCUCACGGCGGGCGUCCGAGGGCGGAUCUCCAACGCAAAGUGCUCGCGGGUGGCGAGCCGACGAACGUGCGCGCGAUGGAUGGUACAUACAGCGGAUUUCGAUAUCCAUGCGACAUCGAGUCGGUCGGAUUUGGAUUCAUGUCCCGCGAAACUUUACGCUUGGACGAGGACGACGUCGUGCGGUUCAGGCUGCAAAUCAACAUUCCCACCGGCUACGCGGUGGGGGAUAUGACAAAGGACGUCGCCGGUCCGAGGGCUAAUGGGCAACGACAAGGCUGUUUUAAACAUGUUUCACGAGACGAGCGACGCAUCAGUGCGUUUCUCGAGGACGGUUUGGGGAAAAUGAAGAUGGAGGGCAUCGUCUACGAGACCGAACACGGAUUUCCCCGCCUCGUCCUUCGGGGUCGUUACGACGGAAAUUUCUACCCUGGCGCGCUCGUCACCUUUUACGGUUCCAUAUCACCAACCUGCGUGAGUGGUUUCUGCCUUCGCGACGAUGGCGCGUUAGGCGUGAGCGACGUCUUCACGUUCUGGCCCGUCUGA